GUUCGAGGUUAGAAACACGUUCCGAGUGCAGAAAUCGCUGUAAAAAUUAGGAAAUCCGUAACAUUUUCCCACUAUUUCUUGCACCAUUAGAACAAACGGCACUCUCGUUGUCGUUCGUCGUUAGAAAACAUAAUUCGGAACGUGCAAGAGGCUUGGAUCAUGCUGCCUGCCGGAAAACCGGAGUUUGUGUAAUCGCCGGCCCCGCUUGCACAAUAUUAUGAGUGAUUACUUUUACUUCGACGUCGAAUUGAAACUUGCACAGGAACCGGACCAACUGCUGCCGAUCUACGUGAAGGCGAGCGUGGAGCAAUCGCUACAGAAAGUGUUUGGCGAAAUUGGCGGCCAAACAGUGGUUGAUUUACUAAAAUUCGACGCGAAACGCCGCCGGCUGAUUUUACGGGUGCCCAAAGACUUUUACCCCAAGCUGCGUGCAGCCAUCACCCUCAUCGGAGAGUUUCAAGGCGUUCCUUGCCACUUUCUCGUUCGAAAGGUUUCUCCACUGCUGCUCACGCUAGUAGAAACACAUCCAGACUUCUAA